UCGUGUUUGUCGACGCUGCGCAUCAAUUGCAUUUACAAGCAGCCGUUUGGCUUGCUUUUCGUUCAUUCUCCGUAAAAAAGUUUUUUUUUUUUUUUUUCUAAUUGGGAAAAUUUGUUAUCCUACUCGAAAUAUGCGUUUUGAUGCCCUUUGAUUGAGCAUUGAAAAAAAAAAGAUGUGAUACAAUUGAUCUUUUUUUGCGUCAUUUGGAUUGUUCUGGAAACAAGAAAGUUUUUACAAGAAGAAUUACAUUGGAAAACGAAGAGAAAUUAGUUAUUUUGAUUGUUGUGAAAUAUUGUGCGUAUGUCAAUCCUCGUCUUGGAUACAAAGGAAUACAAAGGAUCCACCUGCUAAAAUUUUUAAUUUACUGCAUUCUGCGAAGCAAUGCCGUUCAAAAAAGUGGGCAAAGUUUUCAAAUCUGGAAUGUACUCGGUAGCGCGGACAACCGUUGGGCAGAAGCUGCUCAGCAUGGGUGACAAGGUGCUGACCAUCCUGGACGAGUGCCUGCAAUGGAGCUUGCCCUUGCCGGAGAAGACGGAAGAAAAGAAUGGUGAACCAUGUGGCAAGACGGAGCUGAAAAGGCCGCUGCCGUGGAUUAUAUUCUUGCCUACCCUGGUGGUGCUCCGAAUCACUCGGCUCGCUCUGAACUUCAGCGUCUAUAUCCUCAGCAUGGAGCCCUACGAGCCAGCCCAUAUGUUACUCAUGAUAAGAUCAGCUCAGAGACGCUUGAACGAGUCCCGGUGCAGAGCGCUGAAGGAGCCCAGAUCACAAAAAGGAUCACCUGAGAAGAACAGACGUCAAUUGUUGAGAGAGGCUACCAAGAGCCUGGCUAAAUCAUUACGCCUGACUCUGUCGACUCUAUCUUGUCUGGAUUCUGAAUUAAAAAAGUCGCCUUCACCGCCUCCGAUUCAGAUUCGCGUUUCGAGCAUGUUCGACGACCAAUUAAAGCUUAGCAGUGGCAAGUGCAUUUUGGAUACGAAUACGGCAGUUGGCACUGGCAACAGUAGCAAGAAGCAGAAGACCGAGGUUACCGAAAUCAACUUGUCCAGCGAAGGCGACAACUUGGAAGAGGACGAGAAAUUUGAGGACAAACUCCAGCGCUACGCCAACGAGUCGUCCGAAGAUGAUCCAGACUUUGUGCUUCAAAACAGUGACUCUCAGACCAACGAUGAAGAAGAUGAGAGCUCUGAUUCCGGCGAUUCGAUCACAGAGGCGGAAAUCGCAGAUAUAAAAAAUGAUCAAGCUGACAUGGAGGAUCACUAUGGCGUGUGGGAGCGUGUUGGUCGUCACUCGCUGAAGAAAAAACUUGACGACGAAGUGCAUUACGACGUCGAUGUUGAGGGAUUGCUCACGGACAUCGCGCUGCGCAAUUACGAGAUGAAGACUCGACAGCAGGGAAAUAAUCUCAUGCCGGUCAUAGAGACGGAGGUUCCGGAGACUCAGGCGGACAAAGUUGCCCCGCCGACAAACGGAACGGGCAAGGACGGCGAAGCGGCCUACUACUCGCCCGCCAGCUGGAAAAGCGUCUCCCCGGAAAUCUCCAUGCCGUCGCGCAAUCUGGCCUACAAUUUCGAGCACGAAGCGAAGACGGAAGAUUUAAACAACGACAGCAUAGUCAGCAAAACAGUGGAUAAGGCCGACGGCGACCCGACCAUUUCGACCGUCGACGAGGCCAGCGGUGAAAUCAGCAACGGACAUUUGAAGAACAAGCGCCAGACGACCUCGCACAGUAGUAAACACCACCACCACCAGCAUCGCCAUAAAAACAAACGGGAUAGUCACAGCGGACGCAAGAGAAAGUAGACGCGCCUCACGUUUCGAUACUUACACCACGAAAGCUGGUCGAAGCAGUAAUCUCGUAUGUUUCCGAUACGCGUGUGCAAACUUACAUUUUGCAAAAAUGUGAGCAAAGGGAAGAAUCAGUUUUGUGUUAUUAUGUAAGGAUCGUGACUCUCUUAUUAUUAUUAUUAUUUUUUUUUUUUUUUGAUAGAUCAAUUUAAACACGUGCUUACACGCAAAGCCUAUAUCGUGUACAUUUAUUAUCUUACAAAUAUUGGAUGCUCUCUGUUCAUUUUCCACGAUGAUCUGUCAAACAACUGAUGCAUACAUUUCGAUUGAAAAUUUAGCACAUAGCAUAAGCUUGCUUCAAUUUAGCAACGUUACGAUAACAUGGAUUUUGAACAAAAUAGCUUUGCAAUAAACCAGUUAUCGAAACCCCGCUAAAAACCGUUAUUUAACAUAAAAAUUUUAUGUAUAAUGAUAAUAUAAAAUGUUUCUAUUUUUUUCUCUUUAUUAUUAAUACAGAUGAAUUUUGUUGAAUGUGCUUGUUAAGUAUAUUUUUUUUAGGAGUUUAAAGUAAUUUCUUACACUUUCGUCGAGUUAAUGAAUUAAAACAUAAACAUUUAUCAAGUGAUUUAGAGACAAAGUCAUAUCAUAACAACUUUUUCUGGCGAAAUCAUUUACUCGUGUGUAAUUAAUCUUCAUGGUAAUUUUAAUCUUUAUUGUUAAGGAUAUUUAUUUUAUCUAAGCAUGUUUUCUUAUAAAUACUGCAGUCAAAGUUGUAUCUGCAGUUAAUUGUAUGAUGUUACAAAUUUUAUGUAAUUAUUGCUACGAUAAUAAAUUAUCACAACAUCAAUAGGAGUGAAUUAAUAAACACACAUGAAUUUAUUCUAAUAACGUACAAUUUAUUGAACUUACAUUACACUCAAUUUUAAUUAAUAAUAAACCAUCAAACCAUCUUCUUAACUGCUAUUUGUU